UUCUCAUAAUUUCCAGACAGUUGUUUUGUAUUUUAAAGUUUUCCAACUGUGAGGAUCAUUUGGUGACCGAUUCAAAAGUAAUUCCCUUCUAAAACAGAUAAAGGUUUAAACCCGAUUUUCAUUUCGAACAACUUCGUGCGUACUCACCACUCGGUUCGGACAACCCGAAGGCGACGCCAUAUUGAAAUUUGUUGCUGUGAAAAAAAUCAUUUUCACUGUGGGAAUCGGAUUGUGCUUCAAUGAAAAAAUAAUCAUUUUCAAUAGAAGCCAAAAUUUGCAAGAUCUUUUGCCCGGGACGCAAUUAAAAAACACUCGAUAGUGUUGCGUGUUUUUGCAAAGAACCUAAUUGCCGCGCCGCUUUGUUGUUAUUGCUUUGUGGUGCUGCCUGUCUGCCGCGCGGACGCUUCUGUACAGAAGUACAUAAUUUUGGCAAUACAUUUUUUUGCACGUGGGACUCCAUAGCGCCGCAAUAUGAGCAGCACUUCAAACAGCGAGGUGCUGCUGGUGCCGGCCACGACGCCCUUGCCAUCCCCACUGGCCAAACUCGAUGUCGACUUCUCAGGUUCGAACUAUGAGAUGCACUCGAGCCUUUCUGACGAGGAGCGUCGCUACUAUCUUAAAGCGUACCCAACCGUCGAUGUGAUCAACCAGCGAAAAGUCCACUGCACUGUAUGCAAACUGCACAUGGGAACGGCUCCUGGCUCGGAGGGCACCAUCAAGAUGCACCCCAUUCUGCGCGUGACGCACUGCGUCAAGUGCCACGAUUUUUACAACAGCGGAGAGUUCUCCAAGGGCGAGGAUGGCUCGGAGCUCUACUGCCGCUGGUGUGGCCAGGGCGGCGAGGUCUAUUGCUGCUCCACAUGUCCGUAUGUUUUCUGCAAGUCUUGCAUAGUCAAGAAUCUGUCGCGCGACAUCAUUAUGGACAUUGAACAGAACGAGAACUGGAACUGCUUCAACUGCACACCCAAGAUCCUAUGGCCUCUGCGCGCCCAGCACUGGGCUCUAGUCAACUACAUCCAAACACAAAAGCGCGGCCUGCAGAGUCUGCAACUGCCCGAAGUGGAGGCGCGCCGCCAGAUGAUGAAGGACAACAGUACGUGCUGCCGUCUUGCCAAGGCGAAGGCAAACAGCCUUUCCGAUUCCGCGGAGAGCCUUGAAUCAAUUGCUUCGAAGCGAAGCCACACCAGUUCCGUGAGCUCUGCUAAAAAGGGCCCGGCGCCAAAGCAGCAAGGUCCACCUACUAAGCGACCCAAGACGUCAAACGACGAAGUCGUCUGCACUCCCGAUUUGCUGAGCAUGCUGGAGCCCGACUGUCAGAUCUCAAUGAGCCCAAAGGCGUCAACUCGUCUCCCGGCCCCACCGGCUAAUAUAACAACCACCACGCCACGGAUUGUUACCGUACAGCAAAACUAUACAGGACCCAGUCCCAGUCCCAGCAACAAUGGUACAUCUUCUCCUCGGACCAGCCUGCCGCCCCCGCUGGUGCUGAGUGGCUCGGGCGUUCGGUACCGCCAAAAUUCACCAACCAGUGUUGUGCGUCGAACCGUGGUUCCCAAUAGCGUUCGGAGCACUGGGCCCGUCUUCCACACCAUUAACGGAUUCCGCGUCGAUCUGAAUAGCGCCGCCCAGCAGGACUCGUACCGCCUGCCCAAUGGACGGCUCAUCCAGGUCAAGCGCCAGAUGCCACCCGGCAGUCAGCCUGCAACCGCUUUGACGCCCCCCACUCCGAUGUCUGUGGGUCCGAUGGGUCAGGUCCUAAUUCGACCGCGUUCUCUUGCAACCGCUCCGACGAACAUUCGCCAAGUGCCCAGUACAAACCCUAGCCCAGCCAGCACACCGUCAGCCAUGGCAUCUAACAUGGGCAGCAAUAUGGGAAUCUACAAUCCGCAGAUCAACCAACAGCAGCGAUCUCCGCAAGUUGUGCGCCUUGGAAAUGUUAGUCAGACAAGUGCAAGUGCCAGUGCCAGUGGCGGGUCUUUACCGGCACAGUCGAACGCUAAUGGCGGAGCAGGGACAAUGAUAUCUACGGUGCAACCGAACAAGGGCCAUGCCUUGAUGCGCCAUGUGUUCCCCAAUAGCGCCAUUGGACAGGCGCGUGCUCAGCUGCAGGAGCAGAUAUUCAAUGCCAUGGACAUAUGCACUCAUCUUACUGGGAAAGUGGUCUCUCUGACCCAUUCGAAUGCCUAUAAUCAGGCGCGCAGCUAUAUGGAUCUAAAGGAGCUGUACAUUCAUAUGUCCUAUUUGAUGACCUAUGCCAUCGGGCGCUUCAAACAUCUGCAGGAGAAGUGCCUGGUCGAUAUGCGCGAAAUGGGCUUCAAGAACGAUGCCAACAGCCUGGAGAACGGCCAAUUGGCUGCCGAUAAACAAGCCAGCGAUGACGAGGAUAACGAGAUCGAGAUUGUGGAGCCCAAGACGGAUACCAUUACCAUUGAUUCGGACAACGAAGACGACGGGUGCUCGGACUCGAACAGCAAGAAGAUCAUAAAGAUAACUUCUGUUGCGUCUCAGGCUCCGAAAACGGAAGCACUGAAGAAUCAAGUCGCGGAAUUGCCGCCGAGUGAGGCCGAUAUGGCUGCCUUUAGUUCAACCAUCUUGGCCAGUCUUCUCGAAGUGGACAUCACCGAGGGCACUGCCGAGCCCAAGUCCGUUUCACCAGGACACAAAAAGCAGCCUCGCAAAAAGACAACGAACAAGCCGAAUCCAGCAUUGCUUCAAUUAGAGCGCCAGCGCAUGGAGGAGAUCAAGCACACCGAUGCCAAGUUGAAAAUGAAAGUCAGGGUCGUGUUGCGACGAGCCGAGGAAGAGUUUGAGGUGGCGCGUAAAUGGGCUAAGAACCGCGAUAAGCAGAAUAAGAUUGGGAGUAAAGCUCAUCAGACAAAGACCGAUGCUCAAAAAACGCCAGCCGACGGACCCAAUGAGAUUCCUAUCCAAGAAGAAAAAGAACCGCAACUCUGCAGCACAGGGCAGUCCAGCCCGAAUAAACAAGAAGCAGACAAAGAAACGGAAAAGGCGGAGAAUGACAAAUCAGAGGUCCCGAGGGAAAAGAUUGCAGAUGAUGAUCACCAAAAGUUAGGAGUAGCAGGAGAUAAGCAGCAAAAGGAAGCUCAAGCCGAGCCUGAAACGGAAGCUCAAACCGAGCCUGAAGCUGGAGCAGCAGCUGUUGAUCAGGUGGACGAAAAGGAAUUCUUAAGUAUAAACCCAGUUGUACGUGAAGACUUGGAAAUCCUAGAGCCCGAAGCCGAAGUUCUGAAGGAGAAAGGUUCGGAUAAAGAAAAAUCUAAGUUUAAUGAAGCAAUGGACACUUCCACUGAAAGCUUCGCUGCUAAGCCGUUGGAAAGAAUGGACAUAGACAUCCCCAGUGAAAAAACUGAUGCAGUAGAUGAAGCAAAAGAUGUGGAUGGUAUGGGACUAAAAGACCUUUGCAAUCCCAGUCCCAUAGUAUCUACAGCGGAAGCGGAUAGAAAUCUUGAAAUUGUAGCUCCCGAAACUGACACAGAAACUUCGGUGAUGACACCGCGUGAACCCAUCCCAAAAGAAAAUCAAAUCGGGGAGGUCUGCAAGUCGCCACGUGAAUCUGAACCACUGACUGAGAACGGAACGACUCCUUCUAAAUCCACUGUUACAUUGACGGUUGACAACGCCGAAGCAUGUUUGGCAGGCUUACACGAAAAUGUCGAUUCGAAAGUCACGACUUCGGAGGAGUCUACUUCAGAUGCGACUACCACCCGGCAACUCCUCGGCUAGUUUGUGGUGAUCAUUCGAGGUCCCGACGACAACUUUGCGUAAGACCUCGACACCCUGUAUUUCAAUAUCACAUUGGUCGUUUAUGCAUAUGUAUAUAGAUCCAAUGAGAUACAAGAAAACAGCCAAUCAUUUGUUUAGUAACUUUAAUUUUGGUUUAAAUUGAAUUUAACUUGUUUUACGAAUUUUAUUUGGCAAUUAACAUACAUAAUCACAUAUUUCUAAAUUUUUGUUCAUAUUUUUUGAUUUAUGAUUCACAACUGUACAAACUGAAUGAAUUAAUUAUAAUGUUAUUGUAGAAAUAACCAGAAAAUGUCUUUAUUUAAAGUGCUAUUGGUAGCAUAUAUAGAUCUAAUAUUUGCAUACCAGAAUCGGUAUAAUGUUUGGGAUUACCUUUCCAUUCUGUACACAAAUGUUCAUGAUAGGAUAGUGUUUUGUAUUGCAUUUAAUCAUUCAUUGUUAUAUUCCCGAAAUGCUCACGCAGUUCGGCAUCGAUCUAAAGAUGGUCUGAAAUGGUACGAGUAUCUGGGACUGCUCCAUUUAUAAAAUUUAUGAGUAAAUUUUGCAAUCAGAAACUGAUCAAGAAAGCAAGCCAGUAGAAAAUAUUUAGUACUUAGGAUAUUAAUUGAUAUUGAUGAAAUAUAUUUUAAAGUUCUAAGCUAUUAUAUUAAUAAAACUAAAUACUUAAACA